GUGGAGGUAGGGAGUUUUUUGUUUUCACUCGCUGUAGAAUUUCAUUCUCUGCCUCCGUCGAGUUGAAACAUCUUGUUUUUCAAUAAAACUGCUUUGGAAGCCGACUCGCAGCUGUACUUCGCAAGUCACACCUUGUUCUUGGAUUUGUAAGAGACAUUUACUCGCGAUCCCGAAAGCUGGCUGACAUCACUGCUAUCGUCGGGACCCAAGCCGCUCGCACGCGAUACUUGGAAAUAUCAUGCUGCUCGCUCUCGGGGAGGAAGGAUAGUUGGUUCGUUAUGUGCAAAGCGUUUCAAAGCGUCUUUUCGCCCGCAAGUUUAUUCAGACUUGCUCGCUGUGUUGACCCCGCCAUGUGAACUUGCGCAGGUUCCCGGAGAUCACGGCCCUUGGAAAAUUCCUAUAUGCCGUACGCGGUUGUCUCAUUGGAUGUUGCUCGGCACAAGUUGACCCCCAUGGCAAUCCAUCCAUCUCUCGGCUCCGCUCCGGUUUCCGUUCUAUUCUAUUCGAUUCGAUCCUUGCAAGUGGACUAAGCCGCGGGUGUCUCACUUUUUCUUCUCCUUCCGGGCUCGCGACGGCAUCUCUAGACCCCGCUUUACAAGUGUCAUCCUUGAAGCAAAGGGCAUGUGAAGGGGGAGAGAACUUGGGUCCCGCUCGCAAUCCUAGAAUGCGCAUGCGGUCUGUGCAUCCAUGGAGCCCACGCAAAAGAAUUCCAGCUCAGGGAUCGCUUUUAUUCCUCCCAGUUUAAUCCAAGAAAGUUGGUGGUACGCCCUGCGGUAAAUCAAUCCUGGGCCGUCGAUCCCCCGCACCCAACGUUCCGGAUGCUCCACCGCGUAACUCGUGUGCCUGGCACAACCGGGGCCGUUGGUGGCUCUGGGAUGGACGACAUCCGUGCGCUCUCAGCGACCCCGUAGAGAAGGGAAGAGUUUUUUUCUUUCUCUCCCCCCCGAGGUCUCUCGAGCGCACCGCCAUUUGGUUUGGAGGAGGGGGACGACUGUGGAGGAAGAGAAAAAAGCGGUGUUCUUGCUAGCAGCGGCUUCUCGGGACAAUUGCGCUGCGGAUCUGGGAGCUCCAGCCACAUUUCCUUGGGAGAUUCCGGCUUGAGAAUAUUGGAAUCGAUCUUCCUCCAGCAGCAGGGAUGGUCAAGUAGUCUGUUUUUUCGCUCCUUCCCUUCAGUCGACUGGAAUGCAGCAGGAGUCCCCGCCGGAAGAAAGCGUGAUGAAAAGCGUCGACAGCUCUCAGGCCCCGCUGAACCAGGAGGAGAAAGAACACAUGGAGUUUCUGGAGAACAUCUUGAGCAUCCCGUCGUGGUCGGAAUUGGGGGUGAGGAACUGGGAAUUCGGCAUUGACACCUCCAAGUUGACAAAGUCAGAGCUUUCCGGACUGCUCAACCUCGGGGCCGAGAAGCAGGGAAAGGGAAUGCAGCAGGACAGUGUGGCCGCGGAUCCUCAGAUUGGUGAUAUGGUGGACGACGCCUUUCUCUUCGCACAGCUCCAGCAGCAGCGGAGCAUGCUCUCGGAGGGCUCUAUAUCACAGCUUAUGGAACGAGCAUCCUCCAGCCUCGACAUGGUUGGCUCGCAAGGCUCCGAGCCUUUGCUCCACAGGCUAGAGGACGUGCCGAUUGGACUGCCUGUAGGCUCGGCACUCGUCGGGAGUGCUCCACCGAGGCCUGAAGCUGGCCAAGCUCUAUCGCCCUCAUGGCGCCAGCCGUUCAUUGGAGGCAUGCCGCUAGAGAUGUUCACGAACUCCAACGGGGGGCAUGUCUACGGCAGAGGAUUCCGUGGCGGCGAGGAACUGGGUCAAGCCCGGGAUGGAACGCCAGGAACCAUGUUUAACGUCUAUCCUUCGCUUCCUCAGCCUAGAGCGCCCGUCCCGCCUUCGCAACAGGUGAAUACCAGUGCUCCGGGGCCACAGUCUGGGCAAGCAUACAGGCCUCAAGCAGUGAGUACGCAGCCACAGCCUGUAAAUCCUGUCGCUGGUGGGGCUCCUCGGCCUCGUGUGCGUGCUAGGCGCGGUCAGGCGACUGAUCCUCACAGCAUUGCGGAGAGGUUGCGUAGGGAAAGAAUCGCAGAGAGGAUGAAGGCUUUGCAAGACCUCGUGCCAAAUGCUAACAAGACGGAUAAGGCCUCGAUGCUGGAUGAGAUUGUAGACUACGUGAAAUUUCUGCAGCUGCAAGUGAAGGUUUUGAGCAUGAGCCGGCUUGGAAGUGCGGCAGCUGUUCCAUCUCUCGUGGCAGACUUACCAUCUGAGGGAGCAAACAGCUUACUGGCGAGUACGCUCAGCCGCAGCACGGGGAUCUCACACGACGGUCUCGCCAGCGCCGAGCGUCAAGUGGCGCGGCUCAUGGACGAGGACAUGGGCUCUGCGAUGCAGUACUUGCAGAGCAAGGGCCUCUGCCUCAUGCCAAUCUCUCUGGCCACGGCGAGCGGCAAAGUUCCGCUCAGCGCGCUCCAGGCAAUCGGCUCCAGUGACAAACAGCAGUACACGGACGCAUCGGUGACGGUCGUCACCGAUAGAAGUGGCUCCGCGAACAAUGCCGCCACAGGGAAGGCCAAGGAGGCGAUCAUGGACAGCUCUAGCAACAAGAGUAACGAGGGGAUCAAGCAGCCAUCGUCCAUCAAGUCUCCCAAGAGCAAGACGAACUGAUUGAGCCGAUGAUACGGGAAGGAUUUGCGGCCAAAGCAACACGCAGUGGUGGUGGUGGUGGCGUUGGGCUUUGCUGUGAGCUAAGGCCUGGCCAUUUGUAAAUACGUUGGACAAGAUCCAAAAAGUUUUGGUGGCGCCGAAAGAUUCGCCCAAGAGAGAUGGAAUCGAAGUGGGUCGAUCUUCUACGAGUUUUAUAAAUAUUCCCUAUUGCCGCUUGCUUGAUUGGAAUCGACAAGAAAUCGAAAAAAACUACUAUCGCAUUUUGUAUAGCUUGGUUUGAAUGGGAAGCAAAAAGUAAAA